UGAACGCGCAUGGAGAAGUCACACCCGCCAUUGCUGCAGCUGUCGUGAAACACUUCAACACACUUUCACAAGUUGCAUUUAGUCGCUGCGGGAAUGUUGCAUUUCACCGUCUGCGCGCCCUGCACACGCGAUGACAAACGCUGGGGCACCGUGCCUUGUUUCCUUCCAUAAAACACGCGCACACAAAAGCCACACUAUAGCGCGCAUGCAAACCAGUCACCCCGAUCUCUCUCUCUUUCUCUCUCUCUCUCUCUCGCUCACACACACACACACACACACGCGCGCGCUAGCCUUGGUGAAAGCCCCUCGCAUUCCCACAAGCGCUUUGGAAGGAAUUGGAUGGAGCUGCCGCGUCUCUCUCUCUCUCUCUCUCUCUCCGGGCACAAAAACACGCGCAACUCGCCGGUUUUCCUCUGAUCGACGUUGUUCUUGAGACGCAACAACCCGCCGAGGUUUCCCCAACAAGAGUUGUGUCUUUCUUUCCUCUUCCUUCAUCGUGAAAUCAAGUUCCUGGACGCGAAUACCGGGGGAGGGGGGAAGGAAAGACUUUUUUACGCGUGACAGUCAAGACCCGCCAGGAGGGAGUUUCACGUCACGAGGCUUUUGUAGUCUUUUCCACCACUGAGAGGAGGGAUAUAUUGAAAUAUAUGUUUCCCCUCUAAGAGCGUUAACGACUUUAAACAGGCGGAGUGUUUUUUUUAAUUUUUUUUUAAGGAUUUAAGGAGCCGUCAAAAGCAGCGCCCUCAUUGUCCAGAGCGCACGUUCGGAAAUCGUGUUCCGCGCGACGUAAAGUCCACGACUCGGACGCGUGGAAAAGAACCCGCAGGGCCCGAUCGGACUGUGCCGGUCCUGCCUCCUGUCACCUGAAUGUUCUCCGGCAUGGCACAUGGGUGGAAGUAGCCUCCAGAGCGGGCGAUGGCUCUCUACUUCCCCCCAGGUUACAGCCUCAUCCCCCUCCAUGUUUGAAGGCGCAGCGGCAGUGACACGCGCGGCUCUUUGCAAAGGUUAAGUAUGACUGCGGCAGCAGGUGUGCUGACAGGCUUGGCUAAGCUCAAACGCCAAGACUCCGCCCGUUCUCAGCAUCGGUCCUCAUCGACAGCGCCGGGCCUGGGAAACGCCCCAGAAGCUGCCCCCAGGAAGCGGAAACGACGCACCGACGUUGUGGUGGUGCGCGGCAGGCUCCGCCUCAACUCCGCCUCCGGUUUUUUCCUCUUCCUGGGAUUGGUCGUCUUGGCGGUAGGGAUCGGCAUGGCGACGCUGGGUUACUGGCCGCACGGUGAAACCACGAGCUCGGCCGGACCGCCGGCCGCAGGACGAUCGAAAACAUCUGGGAAUGGAGCCGAGGUGGCCGCGAGGGACGGGGACGCGGCGAACUCCAGCACGAGUCACGACGUGCAAGGUACGCCCUCCAGGCAGACCGGUGGCGCUCUGACGCGGUUCCUGGAACAGCAUCGUCACUCGGAGAGGAUGAAGAUGUUCGGACCCUUCACCAUGGGCAUCGGGAUUUUCAUCUUCAUCUGUGCCAAUGCCAUUCUUCAUGAAAACAGAGACCGGGAAACGAAGAUUAUCCACAUGCGAGACAUGUACUCCACCGUCAUUGACAUCCACCGCCUCCGGCAGAGAGAGCAUAAGCAACACCAUCACCGCGACAGCACCUAUGCAAGAGAAGGCAGCAACUCCCUCCUGGCGUUCUCCUCCCGGGCCGGAGGCGAAGGGUCCGUAGAAGAGAAGGAGGUGCUGUUAGGCGACGAGGAGUUUCGCCGACGCGGGGGGCAGGCUCGGUUGGAUUGUAGCUUCGCGGGGCUGCUGGCGCCGCUCUACAAGGAUCACCCCUUCAGGCUGGCCCGCUCGGACUCGGUGCGCCACCAGUGGUCGGUGGACGGAGACGGGGAGAAGGGAGGGCACCACGCGCGCUCCAUUGUCUCCUCCUCCAUCUCCGCGUUCACUCUCCCCGUUAUAAAACUCAACAACUGCGUUAUCGAUGAACCGGAGAUGGAGGCGAUCACCGAGGAGGAGAGGGGAGGAGAGGGGAGGAGAGACGGGGAGAGGUCACAGCCCCUGAGCUCCAUGGAGUCUCUGGUGGUCCCUGUAGCAUCUGUCGCCAAGGCCUCCAAACCGCCGGGCUUACACCGGAGUAACUCCGCCUCCUCUUCCUCCCACUGCUCCUCCGUCUCCUCAUACUCCCUCUCCCCUGCUCCCUCCUCUACCUCAGGCUGCUGGCUCUCCCCCGGAGCGGCGAGGAGUGACUUUGGCUCCAACUCCUCCUUGCACAUGCUGGGCAGCCACUCGAAAUCCCUGGACCUGGAGCGAGGGCCGAGCGCGCUCAGCGUGCACCCGGAGCAGCGGAAGCACCCCAGCUGGCCCCGCCUCGACCGUAGCAACAGCAGCCGUAGCAACAGCGGCAUCAGGGGCAGCAGCAAAGGUUACACGCGGCUGGAGGACCGGGAAGAGCACGGGGAGCGGCUGCUGGACGCGUCGGCUGCGAGGCGCGAUUACAGCAGGCGGGAGAAGCUGCUGAUGAUCUCGAGGUCGCACAAUAAUCUGAGUUUUGAGCACGACGAGUUUAACAGCAGCGCGAUGAAGAGGGGCAGCUCCGAGACUCGCUUCUGAAGACGCUGAACUUAAGGUCCUGUUGUGUAAAUUGCUCUCCGGACUGUACGAGUGUACAGCGGCGAGGGACAACAUCAAACGGGGGUUUCAAAGACACUUUUUUGUUAGCGGCGAGGAGGAGAGUCGUCAGUAAUAGACCGUCUUGCACAGGUUCAGGGCUCAUGUCGGCUCAGAGCCCAAUGCCUACUGUAGGUCCACAAAUGCUGUAUCUGACCCUGACCUGUGACCUCUGCUACAGGGAUCAAUCAAAAAAUAAAAACACAUUACAACACACAGUCUACUUUCAACAGGAUCGGGAGUCUUUUGAAAAUUGCUUUUCUUACAAGUGUCACAAGGUUUCGUUGCGGCAGCUGCUGGUGUAACCAAGGACACCCGGGAUGGAAGCGCUUUGAGCAAGUUGUGUUCCUCCAGCGUGUGGCAGCAAGGUCCAGGCGCAACCUGAGAACAGUUUAUCGUAAAAAAAAAAGAAGAAGCGCUGAGACAGUAAAGGUAAUAUGAAUGAUAUUUGUCUGUAUGGCACCUUUGAAUUGCUUAAUAUGGACUGUGAAAACCAAACUCAUCCAAAAUCAGCUUAUAUAUCAUUUUUAGCCUGGUGUAAACGUAUGUAUAUAUAUAUAUAUAUAUAUAUAUACAUGGAAACACUGCAGCGACGAGGCUCUAGAGUCAAAAUAAUAUAGAUAUUAGUGGUAAAGUAUUUGUUUUAAAGGCUGUGUGUGUGUGUGUGUGUGUGUGUGUGUGUGUGUGUGUGUGUGUGUAUUUGAUCCUCUGAUCGUAGCGCCACAAAACCAGUUACUAUAAUGUCAAUACGCUACGGCGCAGAUAUAAUAAUAAUACAAUAACAGAGUGCAUGUUGCCCUGCAGUCACAAUAUUGCUGCCCUUUCCCGAGGACUAUAGUAAGAAGUUGUGUGUGUGUGUGUGUGUGUGUGUGUGUGUCCAAUACUGAAGACUAGAAGUAUUAACAAUGUUUAUGGCUCUGCUAAAGGCAUCCAAAGUUAUCUUCUUACUAGAAAAUGUCAUCCCUCACUUCUGAGAAUGCGUAGAUCUAGAAUAUCGGCGGUUUUACGAGAAAAUGAUGACGCUUUCGAAAUAUUCGCUCCAAUGUUUUUGGAGUUGAGAAGCUCCGCCUACAACAACAACAACAACAACAACAAACGCUGAUAGCUGUUUGUUUAAAUGUCACAACACAAACGUCUGUUAUAUAAUUAACGAGAACCUGUGGUUUUCUCGCGCCCACCGGCCGGCGACAGAGCGGCCUCUGACGUGGGAAGGGACACAACACGCUUCAUUUAAACUGAAUAAUACUCUUCAAUACUGUACAGAUAUCAUUCAUUUUGACGAGCAGUGUUUUAUACUUACUGUCUUAUGUCACAAUAAGCUGGAUAGAUUGUUUCAGGGGUGGGGGUUCUGGACCAUUAAAGUAUUUUAUAAAGUCAAAAAACAAGUUGAUAAUAUUGUAAUAGCCGAGGUGUUUUUUUAAAUUUUUGCCCAGGUGCUUUAAGAGCUUGUUUAAAAGGUUAAAGUCUGGCCGAGCAGACUGCAAAAUUAUUUUGAUUUGAACAGUUUCAUACUGCGGACGAAUGCAGUGCUGAAUACUGCAUCCGUCAGUAGUGUGUAGGAGACGGUUCACACACAGCCUGGGACUCAGCUGUCAGCUGCUGUCAGCUAC